AUUAACUAAAGAAAUUAUCAUUAGUUGCCUUUCACUCACAGUUUUUUCUUUUUCUUUUCCUUUUCCUUUCGGCCGGCCCAAAUGGAUAAUAAUAAUAAUAGCUCCGAUGACAGGCCAACAGUGAUGGUGACGAACGACGACGGAAUCGACGCCCCCGGACUCCGAUCUCUUGUCCGCGUCCUCGUCUCCACCAAUCGAUUUCGCGUCCUGGUUUGCGCUCCUGAUUCGGAGAAAUCAGCUGUUAGUCAUAGUAUCACAUGGAUUCACCCUGUUUCUGUAAAGAAAGUUGAUAUUGAUGGAGCCACCGCUUAUGCUGUUUCUGGAACCCCAGCUGAUUGUACUUCUUUGGGUAUCUCAGAAGCACUCUUCUCCUCGAUUCCUGACCUGGUUAUCAGUGGCAUAAACAUGGGCAGCAACUGUGGUUAUCAUAUUGUCUACUCUGGUACAGUUGCUGGUGCUCGAGAAGCCUUCUUCAAUGACAUACCAGCUGUUUCGAUAUCAUAUGACUGGGUUGGAGGUAAGAGCAGUGUUGAUGACUAUAGGCUAGCUGCUGAGGCUUGCUUGCCAAUCUUCAGUGCAAUACUGGCUGAGAUUAAGAGUAAAAGUUAUCCUCUAAGAGGCUUUUUGAAUAUAGUGCCAACAGAUAUUACCAACCACAAGGGAUAUAAGUUGACUAGACAGGGUAGAAGUAUAUUCAAAAUGGGGUGGAAGCAAGUUAUUUCAGAAAGGCAAGGAGGAAAGAUGUUAUCCUCAAUGGAAAUGGAAUCAGACUCAUCGGCAAGGACAGAAAUUGACACAGCAACAGUACCAGCCGGACACCUCUUGUACAAAAGAGAGAUAAGAGGAGCUGUUCUUGAUGAAGUUGAUACCGAUAAGAGAUCUCUUCAGGAAGGAUAUAUCACUGUAACUCCUCUUGGAGCCGUUUCUCCGGCAGAGACUGAUUUCCAUUCUUUCUUUAAUGAAUGGCUACCAAGUGCAAUUCAACGGUUCUCUUCAUCAGCAUUGUAAUCUUCAUUGCUUUCUGGAGCUUGGUUAGAGACUGAUAGGUUCUCGUCUCAGCAUCUGCAAAGCUUUUAUGAUUAUAAAUUUUAUUUGGCUAUUUACUCGGAAGAAAACCUUCAUUCGAUAAAUUAUGUAUGGAGUGUGGACCUCAUGUAAUCCCUAUAUUGGCUAUUUACCUUUUUCAAACAAACCCCAAAUGAUUUCCCCAAGAAUGGGCCGUGCGCGAGGGGCGGGUGGAUUCAUUGUUUGCAUGAAUUUCUCGAUCAUUAAAAGACACAUUAUGAGAA